AUGAGCGAUUAUAUAAAACCCGUGCUACGUCGAAAGCUAGAUACCGUUAUUCUGCACGUGGGAACAAACAACUCCACUAACAAAGAAGCAAGCGAGAUAGUUAAUGACAUCGACAAAUUAUGCCAAGAGGUCAAAGAAAUUGAUCCCAACGUUGAAAUAAUAUUUUCUGAACUGAUCAACAGAGAGGACAAUGCAAAGGCCAAAACAACUGUUCAGGAGGUAAAUCGUUUGUUAGCAGCCGGAUUACUGUACUGCGACUAA